UCGUAUGAACUACCAAUUAAGGGAAUCCGGGUAUUGUGAGGCUGACUUUUUGGAGAUAACGCAGUGGAUAUGUUAGCAUAGUAUAUAUACAUUGAAAGGAUUGAAAAAUGUAAAAUUAGGUAAUUCGUAAAAUUCCAGGCUUUAUUACGGAAUACAUGAACUCCUUUUUUUCUACAAAAUGUUAAGUUCCGACCACGAGGGAAAUUUAUGAAAGAAGCUAUGGAACUUCGAGUUGGGAAUAAGUACAGGCUUGGAAGAAAAAUAGGAAGUGGUUCUUUUGGUGACAUCUAUCUUGGAACCAACAUAAGUACUGGAGAAGAAGUAGCUAUUAAGCUAGAAUGUAUCAAAACCAAACAUCCUCAGCUGCACAUUGAGAGCAAGUUCUACAGAAUGAUGCAAGGAGGUGUGGGAAUCCCUAUCAUCAAGUGGUGUGGUUCAGAAGGAGAUUACAAUGUUAUGGUAAUGGAACUUUUGGGGCCCAGUUUAGAAGAUCUGUUCAAUUUCUGUAAUAGAAAAUUUAGUCUGAAAACUGUUUUACUUCUAGCUGAUCAAUUGGUUAGCAGGAUAGAAUACAUCCACAACAAGAACUUCAUCCACAGAGAUGUAAAACCUGAUAAUUUUCUCAUGGGCUUAGGAAAAAAAGGGAAUCUUGUAUAUAUCAUCGAUUUUGGGUUAGCCAAAAAAUACAGGGAUGCUCGAACCAAUCAGCAUAUUCCUUAUAGAGAAAAUAAGAACCUCACAGGAACUGCCAGAUAUGCCAGUAUCAACACUCACAUGGGGAUUGAACAAAGUCGAAGAGAUGACUUGGAGUCCCUUGGUUACGUGUUGAUGUAUUUUAAUCGUGGUAGUCUUCCUUGGCAAGGGCUCAGAGCAGCCACAAAGAGGCAGAAAUAUGAAAGAAUUAGUGAGAAGAAAAUGUCCACACCAGUUGAUGAACUUUGUCGAGGCUUUCCAUCUUCAAAUCUUUCACCUAUUACAAAGGUUGAUCACCUCCUCCUUCAUCGUGGUGCACCUGGAGUUGGUUCUAGGCCUUUCAGAUCAGCUACUCCAAGUCCAUUGGUUUGCCCUGGAAGCAGCUUGGGUCAACUUGGUCCAUAACAGUAUAUACAACAAGCAGGUAUUUGCAACAACAACUACCUGUACUACAGGUCUCCAUUAUCCCUAAUGUAAGAAUGGGAUUUCUUUGGUAUUGAAGUAAAAGGAUCCUUGCUUUGCUGUUGAACAAAGCAGUAGAUUCUGCUUACCAGAAUCAGCUGGGGAGAAUUUCUAUCUUCAGAUCAGCACACAAGGAGUUUUGUGAAAUUUGACUAUUGAAGCAAAAUUGCCUUGUUUUUCUUUAAAUUUUAUUUGUAAAUGUAAGCAAUUUUGCCAUUGGACAAGACACUGUGUCACAAGAGACAUAAUGAGGUGUGGUUACUUUAGAUAUCCUUUUUUUACUACGUGACAAAGGACUUGUUUUAAUUCAAAUACAAAGAUUAGUCUGCCAUAUCACAUGAUAAAGAUCUACUUGUAGUUAAAUCCAGAGUACACUAAUUGUUACUUUUUUCCUUGAGAUACAAGUUUUGUAAAUAUUAAUCCUAUGACAACUACUGUAUAAAACUUCACAUACCCCAAGUGACUGCACAUUUUUAUAUCACAGCCCAUUCAGAGCAGUGCAUGUGUGUCAGCUUUCACAAAAAAAAAAUAUGUAACCCAGUGUUUAGUGAGUUUAUUGAUAUAACUUUCUAUGGAAGAUUCACGGUUCUCCAGCUGGUAAAUUGUCAGAAGAGCACUUUAUUGGCUGAUUCUGUCUCCUUGAAUACAAACUUAAGAAACUAAGCUUCCUGAAUCAAUUUGUAAAUAUGCAUUGAUUUUGUGUAUCCUGAUGUCAUUCCUUUUUUUGCACGUCUCAGAUGAUUGUUGAGAUUCUUCACAAAAAACAAUGUCAUUUCUGUAAAUAGUUUAAAAUAAGUGAUUAAAGAAUAUUUUCUUUAAGUUAUUUAUGAUUGUGUUAGUCUUUUGUGUAUUAAUGGUUUUAUUUUUCUUUCACUGUAAUGUUUGUGUAAGUGAGACUUAAUAAAGCUCUUGAAUUAAAA